AUUUUUGUUAUAUUGUUGAUGUGGUAUUGUUGACUAUGGCGGUACGGACAUACCAGGCAAGCUGUAAAGAUGUAUACCGGUAUACUUUUUUUAAUUAAUAUAAAGAAAGAAUAUAUCAUACUGACAUAAUUUUGAAAUGAGUUAAUACAUCAAUGGCAUCAGAAUCUGAACCCUUUAGCCGUUUGGCAAAAACAUACGACCCUGUCAAGUGUGGAAAUAUUGAUGGCAUCGGAAAGGAUAUUCAUGAUAGAGGAAUAUGGCGAGCUAUAAAUUCGAAAUAUCGACCAAACAAGGGUGUCAAAGGAGAUAAACAUUGUACAUUAUUUAUCGGACGACUCAAUUUAAAAACAACUGAAAGCAAGCUUCAUGAAAUUUUUUCCAAGUAUGGAAAUAUCAAAAAUCUAACAGUCAUAAAGGACUUAGUUACUGGAUAUUCGAAAGGAUAUGCCUUUAUAGAAUACGAAAGUAGCAAAUCAACUGAAAAGGCUCAUCAUCGCGCAAAUAACUUGGAAAUAGAUGGAUGUAAUAUAGUGGUUGAAUAUGAAAUGGAACGACUUCUUCCUGGUUGGAUACCUCGUAGAUUAGGUGGCGGUUUCGGUGGUAAAAAAGAAUCAGGACAAUUGCGAUUUGGAGGACGUGAUAGACCAUUUAGUAAACCUAUUUCUCUCAAAAGCAAUGAAAGACAUUUUCCAAAGCAUAGAUCUAGUAGAGAUCGUCACUCUGAACAUAAAGAGAAAUCAUCAAAAUAUUAUGACAGACAUAGAUCUCAUCGAAGAUAAUUGACGCCUUAUUCCAUGAUAUUUGCAUUUUGUUUCUAAAUGAAUGGCAAUAGCCUGGUCCAUAUUUGUACAAUUUUGCAUUCUGAUGUUUUUACUAAUAUUCAUUUAGGUUUUGUCCAAUUUAGAUAGGCAAAUGUGGGAUUUUUACUGUUUAAUUUAAGUUAUCUGGGUAAGUAUCCAGAAGAAAAAUUUCCGAUACUACUAGAUUUUGUCUAAGCUGAAUUCUCCGAAAAUCAUCCAGAAAUUUUUUAUUGGGAUUAUUCUAUCCAUAUUCCCAUAUUUUAAUUUGUGCAAUAGCUGUUCUACAUACUGAUUUACAAAAAUGAUCAUUUUUAUCCUUACAG